CAGGGAAGUGCCGCCGGCCAUUCCAGGGGGCUGCUGGGAUUACUUUCGCCUUCCCGUUUCCCCGCCCGCAGCAGGGUGCCGAGCGGCGCCGCGCCCGGGCGGAAGUGUGAGGGCCGAGGCCGGCGCUGAGGAGGGUGCUGAAGAUGGCAGGCAGCUCCCCUCCGUGGACUGGCAGUGCUUACCUGUUCCUUCAGUCCACCUGCAAGACCAUCGCUCUGCCGUCCCUCUACGAGAGCUCCCAGAAGAAGCCUUGUGUGUUCAAGGCCCUGAAGCUGGCAUUAGCAGACUCCACUGGCAGCGUGAAUGGUGUGGACAUGCUCAAGGUGCGCUGCAGCCACCCCCACCUGAUAGUGCACCUGAGGUUCUGCAGGCGCGAGAACUGCCGCCGCUUCCUGCGCAGCUACCGCGAAGGUGCGCUCCAGAAAUCCCUCCAGAGCCACCUCCAGCUCUCCUUGGCCACAACCACGGUGCCUCUGGAAGUGGAGCUGAAGGCUGGCAGUGAGCACCUUGACAAGAUGCUGAAGGAUGAGGAUCGUUGCCUGGAGUGCAUCUACAGAGAAAAGCCUGACCACCUGCCGGACGAGGAGAUCACAGAGCUGGAGGAAUGCCUCAAGAGCCUGAUGCUUCACCAGAGCACCAACAACAAUGUGGCUGGAAAAGACUGCUCAUCUCUGAAGUCCCCGUCUCAGCCUUAUCCUCCUCAAGGCAGCUCCCUUCCCACACAGCUCACCUUCAUCUUUCAGGGACAACAGUUUGACAACAGAACAAUCACACCAGAUGACCACCAGAAGUUUGCCAAGUCCGUGUCCAAGAAGUGGAAGCAAGUGGGUCGCUCUCUGCAGAGGUCCUGCCGGGCCCUGCGUGACCCUGCCAUUGACAACCUGGCGCUGGAGUACGACCGGGAGGGACUCUAUGAACAAGCCUACCAGAUGCUCCUCAGGUUCAUCCAUUCCGAGGGCAAGAGGGCCACCAUAGCACGGCUGAUCACUGCCCUGGAGGAGAACGGUCUCGUCAGCUUGGCUGAGGAGCUCCUGGGCCUCCAUUCCAGUGAGGACUGCUCCUAGAGCCCAGAGGACAGUGCCAUUGCUAAGGGCUUUCCUGCUUUAGCUACUGUAUGAAACUGCUGCCAGUGUCUGGGAAUGUAAAGUCCUGAACAUCACCACAGGUUUCCAUCGAGGUGGAAAUGCUCAGGGGAGAGGUUCUGUGUUUGCAGAAGCCAGCAUGGACCUCUGACUUUCCUUAUUUCAUUGUGUUUCCAGAAAUAUAGCACUACCUUCCUGUGAACUGGUGAGAGGCUUUCACCCUGACUUCCUUCAGGACUGUGACAGGGAAGCAGCCAGACAGAGAGCCCUAGGGGAGAAUUAGGGAGAGGAGAAAAGCAAGCAAGUCUUCUCAUAGAAUUUCUAUGGGAAGCCUGCUUCUCAGGCUGUGUCCAGGGCAUCACCUGGAGAGCUGCUAUAUAUUUUGACAUUGAAAACAUUUUUGCCCUCAGCCAUGACAUCAAGUAAAGAAAAAGGAGAAAGUAAAGAAAUGUCAAUUUUACAUUAUUUUCCUUCUUUGUUUGAAGAACAAAGAACAUUCGUGGCCAGAGAAUCUGUUCUGCCCUGCUCUGUUAUAGCUCCUUCCAGCCUCACACCACCUGAAGGCUUUCCUUCUACCUGGGACAGCCACAGUCUUCCAAAGGGCAAAAGAUUGCUGCUGUACAACAAAUGGCAGACACUGAACAAACAAAAUGGACAAACUCAAAUUCAGACAAUGAUUGUCAACAUAUUCUUAUUUGUGGUAGACAGUAAUAUGUUGAUUAGCUCUUGCCUGCCAGCCUGAGGGAGCCUGCAGCUAUGGAAAGCAAAACACACUGCUGGAAGGAAAAGAGUGUUCUCAACAGCAAGGUACCUGUGGAGCCUGGUUUGGAACUGCUGCCCUCAGGGCAUUGCAGCAUCAAAUGCCAUCCUCAGACCACAGAGCUGAGCAAUCACCACACCCAGCUGGCUGCUCUCACUUCCUGACCACCCUCAGCCUGCUGGGCCCCUGGAGGGGACAGCUCACCCUGCUGUGUCCCACAGGUGUCAGGACUUACAGAGAGCCUUUCCCUAGCACUGCUGUCACUGUGGGGCAAUCAACCAUCAGCUGCCACCGUGCCUGGAUUUACCUGCACUGAUUUUUAGGGUAAAAAUGGUUUAAGAGACAAAUCUCCCAAACCCCAGGGCUGACUCCUGCUUUCAGUUCCUGUGGGAGAAGCUGAGUGUCUCCUGGUAUGGCUGAUGCAGACUGCAACACAGCAGCUGCACUUCUGCUGUGACAAAGCACAGAGCAACAAGUGUCUGGCAUGACAUGGCUCCUGUGAAGCAGAACAGCAGCUCAAUGACCUUUGCCAUAUUCCCAGUGCUUCCCUGAUAGGUUUUUACUAAUACUAUUCCAUUAAUUCUAUCCUUUCUUUCCCUUCCCAUCUGUGGGAAUAGCCAGUGGGCCAUGGAAAUGUUUUCAGGUGCAGAGGGCGACUCCAGCCACACACACAAAGUCUGUGUGCACGUGACAAUAUCAGGCUGCUAGCAGCCAUGGGAGGAACAACUCUGAGGCCUUUUAAACCAUAACUCACAUCUUACUCCUUCCCUGGAGUCAAAGCUGUGAAUCAGUAAGGAGGAACAUAACCUCAGAUUCAGGUGUGGGCUCAGAUCCAAGCUCCUGGGGCUGGAGACACUCCUGUACCUUCUGCUGGAACACCUGAGCAUCAGUCACUGGAGACCUGGAUGGGCAGGAUUUAGAUGGUCUGCUUUGAGCCAGCUGGGUUCCACAUGCCUCAGAUGAGCUGAAUAUCACAUCCUUAGUGUAAGCCAGGGAAACAUGACUUGUUUUCUGCAGAUUUUGAACCCCUGAGGUUACAUACAGAACCAGGAAAAGAAGGGGGAGAAGGUUUUCAGGGUGUGAGUGAAUCUGUUUCCAUCUUGCCCCUGCCUUCCAAGGAAGCAGGACUUCAUGGAGGCACCAUCUCUGCAAAGACUGUGGCUCCAUCACCUUUUAUUAAGCCAUUUUAUAUCAGUGCCAUUGCAGUUUCAUCCCCUCCAUUCCUGCUCCACAUGCUACCCUCUCCCUUCCAGUAGUACCAGUGCUCUUCCCAAAAUGAAGCAAUUACCUCUCUGACAGUUUUGCUUUUGGGACCAACACAGUGGUACUGAUCUUGCCUAAUUUAGACUGCUCUGGCUCCAUACCUCAAAGUAUUUAGCUUUCCUGCCAAAUCCCAGCUGGGGACCUCCGUUUGGCAGAAACCCACCUGACAAAUCAUAUUUUAGAAAAUUAAAAAAUCAAAAACUUGAAAUUUACUUUAAGAGCAAGAGAGUUUGCUCUUGAUUUUGCAGAAAUAACUUUUUUAAGAAAAGCCUGCUGUCUCAUUUACAAUUAAUUUUUCUAAGCUCUCAGACCAGCUAUAUGUGCACAACUUGCACAUACAGUUAUAAGGCAGCCACUGCAUAGUGAGAAUUACUAGUUUUUGUAGCAUCUGUUAAUGCUCAAAAUGAGAAAGUCUUAUUAUUCAGCAUCUACUUCAAGUCCAGAAAACUUUUUUACUGCUGUUACUCUUUUACAGAGGACUAACCAUGAACGCUUUCUUCUGAAUGUAAACGUUUUCUUUCUGCCAGUAACUGGCAUGUGUAUCUCCUCUUACUCACAUAUUCCCUGUUAGAAGUGCCUAGCAACCUUUCUGGAAUGUCAUAAUCUCCAACAUCAUUCACAGGUGCCUUCAUUGCAGAAACUUGAAGGAAAAGGGUUUUUCAGUGAUAUUCCAUGGUGAAAUUGUCUCCAGCACAUGGUGUGGUUUGGGACAUAGCAGUGGUUGUUUCAUACCUCCUUUUCCAUGAGCAGUCAUCAUCAUGGUGGGAGAUAAGCCAUGGACAGUGCUGCUGCUGGAGAAAUUUGCCUUAUCCCAGUAACUGCUCUUCUCCAUAUUCUGAGAUAUAUCUGUGAAAAAGAAAAAUUCAGGGGUGAUGCUAGUGAUUCAGAACCAAACACAACAUUAAAAGCAAAUAAAGGUGCUAAUCAGUUGCAUAUAAAAUCUAAACCAGAAAAAAAAAACAUAAAACAAGCAGCAGAAAUUAGGCCAAAUGUGCUUACAGGAAGAGAUCCAAGAGGGCUUUCUUUUUCUGGUACAGAUUGUUUUUGUCAUUUUAACCAUGUUUCAGAAUUGAAGUAGCCUCCGUUCAGCCUGCCAGAAGGAAUAAAAGAUCCAUCCAAAGGAGAAUUUGAAUGAUUUGUUUGGUCAUAGCUGACCUACAGUGUUCAAACAGAUGAUAACAAAGAGGAGAGCGAAGUUAAAAUGCUCACCAGAUGUACUUUGACAUGAGGCAUCUGAUAGAAGCAAACCUGACAGGAUCCCCUGAUACAAAACUGUCUCAAAGGAAAAGAUCUGUUUAUUUGGCCUUUCAUUUCAAAGGCAGGUUCAGCACUGAGCAGCUGUCCUGCUGUCUGGUUACUGUCUCCCCUCUAUGUUCCCAAGGAACCACAUCCCAACAGCUGCCCACAGACUCUGAAACCAGGAGAGAGCAUGGGCAGAAUGAGGAGCUUCAAAUUCACUUAAAUUGAUGAUUGAGUUAAACUGAAAAUUCUGGUGAACCUCUGGUAUUGUAUUUGGUACCCUUAAACCAAGGAGGUACAAGAAGAGGGAUCAAAAGGUUUUCUGAGUCUGACCCACAUAUUGGAGUGUGUGCAUGCCACUGGUGCUUUACACUGGACAGGGGGCUGGCCAUGUGUCUUUUGUAUGGAGAUGGACUCAAACAGUGAAGCUAUUUAAGGCCUAGAGUCAAAAAAUAUGUAUUUUUUUCUUCUCUAGAUUGAAUUUUAAACCCCCUGUAGGGAGCUGGCUGUACAUGUCUAAUACAAACCUGUUUGAGAUGUGUGGUUAAUGUCUCUUAGUUUUCAGUGGAAAAAUCCCUUGCUGAACCAUCUGAUUCCAAAUUCCCAUGAUAUUCAGCAUCAGAUCUGGAUCAGCCAUCUACAGCCAUGGACUGCAGUGCCAGGCAUACUUGGGUCUAGGACGUUCAGCCUCCAAGGAACUGUCUUUUACAGAAAAAGCUCCUUGGUAUAUAUUUUUUUCCUAUUCUUUUUUAUAAAUAAAUAUAUACUUUUGAUGAAA